UCUAUUUCUUCUUCUUCUCCAGCUUAAAAAGAGAAACCCUUAGUUUUAAACGAAACAAAGAAAGAGGAAAACAUAUUAUCUCUUUUGAUCUCGUACGGCAGCUACACAGACCACAACCUCCGACGAUUCUUGACCUUAAAGAUGGCUUCACCUUCUUCUCAAGUGUUCAAACAUGAAUUGCUUGAUGAGGUUCACGGAGCAGAAGCUCAAGAACCCUCUGCCGUGGGAGAGACUCAGAGACCAACUUCUUCUGCUCUUGUUGGAAGAUCUAGCCGUAAAAAAACCCAACUUUUUAAACCCUGCUUCAUUGGUGAAUCUGAGGCUAUGCUUCCUCGUCAAAGUCGUUCAGCUCCUUUUCCUCAGUCAAAGGCUCUGCCUUUAAGUGUUUCCUUCCAUGGUUGGAGAUUUGCGAGCAAAGAUUUCAAGCUUUGGGCUAAGAAGAUGUCUGAUGUGCACCAACACACUUGGAGAAAAGCUGGGAUCUUUGACGCAAUUAUGGCAUCCCUAAUCAAAAUCCCUAAAAACAUAGACUUGGUUCUGGGUAUUGCUGAGAAGUGGUGUUGUGAAACCAAAACCUUCGUUUUCCCUUGGGGUGAAGCAACAAUAACACUUGAAGACGUUAUGGUGCUUUUGGGUUUCUCUGUUUUGGGUUUGCCGGUUUUUGCUACUCUGGAUAUGUCAGGAAGGGAGACAAUGGCUAAGCUGGAGAAAGAAUGUCUUAGGAUUAAGAAAGAUAAAGGCUUUUCUGCAAACCAAGUAGCAUGGAUAGAGAGAUUCAUGGAAAGUGGUGAUGAGCUUGAGCAUGUUGCUUUUAUUGUGUCAUGGCUUAGCUACUUUGUGUUUCCAUCACGCUAUUAUCAACACUCUGAACAUAUUUUCCCAAUUGCUGUUCAUCUUUCAAGAGGUACUAGGGUUGCCCUUGCUCCUGCUGUUCUUGCUCACUUGUAUGCAGAGCUAAGUCUUUUGAGAAACCACAUCAGAGAUUUCAAGGAAUCAACGUUUAACCUCAAAAUUUAUCUGACUGCCUUGUUUAAAUUGGUCCAAGUUUGGACAUGGGAGAGAUUCUGGCAACUACAACCAACACCUAAUCUGAUGCAAAAGGGUGAGCCGAGAUUGGCUCGUUGGCAAAACCUGAAACAGGAUACGAGCGAUGCAAGGAAGAUUUUCAAGAACUCAAAAAGGGACAGUUUUGAGUUGCGUCCAUACACACAACAUGUGGGAAACUGGAAAUUUCCUCAGUUUUACCCCGAGAAAGCGAUGUGGAUUCCCGUUGAUCCCAAUCUUGAUGAUGACUUUAUCUCCUUUGCUCGAUGCUUUAAGGUGUCUGAGCUUGUUGGAAUUUAUUGUGUGGAGAAUUACUUUCCCAAUCGGGUGGCUUUACAGUUAGGGAUGCUUCAGGAUGUUCCUUCUCCUGCUAACCGACACAACCUCUCACAGGAUGCAGCUUGGAAUGAUUACAACAAGCCUAUUGAUGAUGUGACAAUAUACAUUCCUUCCCGUUUUGCACCACCUCAGGUCACUCAAAUGUUCUGUGAGUGGCGGAGGAAGUGGUUUUUGGAGUUCCAAUGUUCUUCUGAGGUGUCGCGGGUUGUUAAAUCAGAUCUAAAAUUGGAAGAUGAAAAUAAUGUAGGUCGUUGUCAGGCGCAGGUUCCGUCAGACAAGGAUAAAGAAGAUGAUAGCCACACCAUUGCUUCUGAACCGCCUAGUAAAAAGAUUAGACUUGAGGCGGAUAACAAUGAUCUGGGGCCUUGUCAAAAGCUUGCUUCGAUAAGAGAUAAUGGAGAGAAAACUUUCCCACCACUAGAAAAAGAGCAAAGGAAUGAAGAAACUGAUGAAGCAGGAAUCAACGCAGAGAAGCGUAUGGUUUUGAGUCCAUUUAAUGAAACCAAUUUGUCUGAUCAUCCUGUUAGUUUCGAUGAAGCAAUGGACAUUGUUGAAGUGGCACCAGAGACAAGACAAUUCUGUGAUGAUAGGCUCGAUGUACAGACUGAUGAAACUGGAAACAAAACAGGGAAGUUUCCGAGCCAAUUUGAUGAUAACAGCUCUUCAGACUCUUCUCUGGGUGUUGGUACUAAUCGAGGAGUGGUUGACAUUAUUGUGUCACCACUAGAGACAAGGGAAACCCGUGAUGAUGAGCUUGAUGUACAUGGAAGCUAUGCAGAGAAGAUUGACAUGAUCAGUAAUGGCAGCAAGGAACCAGACUGUUGGCUCAAAGAAGAUAGUAUCUUAGCAGGAGAAAAGGCGACCUCAGAUGAGAAGUUGUGCAGUAGUGAAGCUGAGAAGGAAGAUGAUGUAGCUGGUGAUGACAGUUUGAUCCAGAAAAAGAAUCUUGCAAUAAUAGAGGAGCUAGCAUUAAAUGUAGACAAGAAUGGCUCAAGCCCUCAUCAAAACCUUGCUUGUGGAGAUGAAACAAGCUUGAGCCCAUGUGGUGAUCAGUCAAACGUUCACAUUGGUGUAGGGGAAGGAAGUCAUGGACAAGACUGUUUGCUUCAUGAAAAUGCCCUCGGGAGUGAAAAGAGAAACAACGGUUUUGAUUUUGAGGCUGAUAAGAAUUCAGCUAAAAAGAGAAUACAAGAACUGACGAUGCUGCUAUUGUCAAUAGAGGAGCGUAUUUUGAAGGCACAAGAAGAUGUGGCAUUGAUAAUAGAAAGGAGAGACGCAGAACUGAGAAGAAUCGCAGCUCGCUACAACUAGGCGUGUUGGAGGUUGGUUUGAGCGGUCAUACAGUACUCAUGCAUAACAAAACUUUGUUUUCUCUAUUACAACGUAAGAUGUUUAAAAAGGAUUUUGGGAGGAUAAAUAU